UUCGUCUGUAGAAAACCGAAAGUUGUCUCACGUUAAUCUUUCGCUAACUUUGCAAAGUUCUUCGCUCGCUCUCGAUCCGUGCCGUUUGGUUGCGUUUCGUAAGUUUCAGCGUACAGGUGCACUACAAUUGAAGUGUCUGCUGAGUUGACCACUGUAGUUAAGGUGGGAGGAUUCUAAAGGGAGAAUGCUCUUUGUAUUUGGGAGGAGUCUUUGCUGUGGUCAAAGAGCAGCAAAACAGGUCGCAUAAACUGUGUCAAUGUGUGCAAUUCGGCAUAUCUAAUCGCAGCUGUUUGAAUUAACAUACAAAUAGCAGCACUGGGGAAGUUUGCCUUAGACGACUCACACUUUGAAGAGCAUGGACUUGACAGCUGUGAGUCACUCCAUUCCUCUGAGUGACGGAAACAGCAUACCUUUAAUUGGACUCGGAACUUACGGGGAUCCCCGCACGACCCCUAAAGGAACUGCAUACGAAUCAGUCAAAUUGGCAAUUGACAUAGGGUACAGACACCUUGAUGGGGCUUUGGUGUAUUUCAAUGAACAUGAGGUGGGACAAGCUAUAAGGGACAAAAUUGCAGAUGGAACUGUGAAGAGAGAGGACAUCUUCUACUGUGGGAAGUUGUGGAACACAUUCCAUUCCCCAGAAUUGGUUCUACCUGCUUUGGAGAAAACUUUGAAGACAUUACAGCUGGAUUAUGUCGACCUCUACAUUGUAGAGAUGCCCACAGCCUUUAAGCCAGGAGAUACAUUUUACCCCAAAGAUGAGAAUGGGAAGUUCAUUUAUCACGAGACAGAUCUCUGUGCAACAUGGGAGGCUUUGGAGGCUUGCAAAGAUGCUGGGCUGAUAAAGUCUCUCGGAGUAUCCAACUUUAACAAGAGACAACUGGAGCUGAUCCUAAACAAACCUGGGCUGGAACACAAGCCUGUGUCAAACCAGGUUGAAUGCCAUCCCUAUUUCACUCAGCCAAAGUUGCUUGAGUACUGCCAGCAGAAGGAUAUUGUCAUUGUGGGAUACAGCCCGUUGGGGACAUCUAGAGAUGCAUCGUGGGUAAACCUAAAAUGCCCCCCACUGUUGGAAGACGAGCUACUGACAUCGAUUGCUAAAAAGCACAACAAGAACACAGCCCAGGUGGCGUUGAGGUUCAAUGUGCAGCGAGGAGUGGUAGUCAUCCCAAAGAGCUUCAACCCUGCUCGCAUUGAGGACAACUUUCAGAUAUUCGACUUCUCUCUUUCUGAUGCUGAGAUGAAGGCAAUUGAGGGAUUGAACAAGAAUAUUCGUUUUGUGGAGCUUCUCAUGUGGUCUGAUCACCCAGAGUAUCCAUUUCACGAUGACUACUAGAUACCAUAGAUGUCAAGACUUCAAUUAAAUUUGAUCAAAUAAGCUGGUUUGUUCAUUUUGUUGCAUGCUUUUAAAUUCUGUGUAUUUAAUUUAAAAUAAUUCUGAUCAUGUAUUUCAUGAAAUCGAUUUUAAUAAAUAAAGACCAUAUUGUUUUCUAUUUUCAUUCCAAGCCUUUGUGACUGAUUUAAAGACUGAAGUGGAGGAUGGCUCCUGCCGUUUGUACGCUGUUCAAGAAACCGCAAUCGCUCAUUGUUGUUGUAUUGUUGCAACAACGGCUGUUUAUGAAUGUGACAUUUUAGAUUGAGCAUUAAAUAGUAAGUUAGAUCAUAUAUUCGGCUGUAAUGUAACUUUUUUCCCGUCGUUACUGUGAAAAGAGAUCCCCCUAUAAAACUAAUGCUGCCUUCAGGUGCCGUAGGAAAUAUUCCAGUUAUGCCCAUUGAAGUGUCUGGUAAAGUGGUACAAAGGGCUGUCAACAUAUUUUUAAAAAGGUAAACAGUUGCUCAAUGUCUGACAUCUAGAUAGUAGGCGUACCAUGUAAGCUUGUAACAAG